AGAGAAACUAAGUCACAGUAUACACACACAUAUUUUAGAAACGUCUAAAUAAUGAAUAUGCACCUUUACUAUAUUGUAUGGCUGCUGUUGGAUGCUCAGCAAUACUGCUACACUUGGAAACGUUCCUGAAUUGCUUAUUUAAGACUUUUUUUCAGCACUAGAAAGAAGAAAUACAGAGGGGUUGGUGUUCUCUAGGUACUAUAAAAGCAAUGGAAGAUGCUUUCUUUGCACUUUACCAAGAAUUUAGAGAGCUGCAAGCUGUAUGUUCAAAACAGGCUGAACUUCUACAACAACUACUUUCAAAGAAGGCUCUUGAUGCAGAAAUGCCCAUAUCAAAGCCAAUCCAAUGCACUGAUGUGGGGUACCGCACAUGCUCCGAAAGACCUCUCCUCAUGUUGAAAGGAACGGAAGUCUCUGAUGCGGAAACCUCCACGACUGUGGCUGAUGAAGUGUCUGCACCAUCAGGAACUAACGAAAAAUCCAGUCUAUUUGACUUUGAUGUACAAUUCUUUCCAAAUAAAGACCAAUACAGUGCAGCUGGUAAAGGAGUGGCUGCCAAUGAUCUCCUCCAUGCAGACCACAACGUGGAUAAAAGAGGGAUAAAUUCUAACCUUGCAUUGUUUAUCAAAAACUACACCCCAACAUUUCCGAAUCUAGAUGGAGUUGGGGUUAAAAUACCUCCUGUAAUUUCACAUAUUGACUUUUUAACCCCAGUUGAUGGGGAUCAUGAUCUCAGUUUGUCUAAUAUCUAUGAAGAAGACUUGAGUUUUCUGCAGUCAAAAGACAUAUCUCUUGGAGAGCUUCUCGGCACACAGAACAAGAAUGUGAAUGCAGUAAGAGGACCAGCCCAGCCUACAUGGAGUCCAGGAUGUCUGUCAGAAGAAGGCCAGCCUGGUCAGUGUGUGGACUCGGACGUUAGUCUCAGCUCUCAGAUAUGUGAAUUCUGCCAGGCAAUAUUUCCAGCAGGUGCAGCAACCAAAGGAGAAUUUCUUGGACAUCUUACUGGGCAUAUGGAAUGACCUUCAGCAUCAUACCAUAAUUGUAGAGCAGUAGAAGGUUACAAGAGUGGGGAAAAACUUCCAUAUUUCAAAAUUGUACAUCUUCAAAUAGCUAUCAGUUAUUGGUUUGUAUAUGUUCACGGUGCAUUAAAUACGUAAUCUUUCUUGUCUGGCACCCUGUAAUGUCUUGCCAUGUAUUUAGUGAUAUCAGGCAUAACAGGUUUGGAUUUUAUAUGGAAAAUAAAAAUAAAAACUUUGCUGAUAUAAAUACAAGACUGAAAAUCACAGAAAAAAAGCGCAGAAAACUGCAUGAAUCAUGAAAGAAAUUAUAGAGGUUAUAAGACAAAUCUAUUUCUACACCACGUAAGUAUACUAAUAAUGGAGACUUUCUAUGCUUCCUCAGCCCAAGAGAGAGAAUACAUGAAACCCCGAAUAACAUAUGGAAAUUCCAUGAACCAUAUGCACACUUUUGGGACGUGUCCUCACUACUUUCCAGCUUCUUUGCAAUAACAGUGGUUGCAAGGCAACAGAACAUGUAUUAAGGAAGCUGUCUGAGAGUGAGCAUAAUGCUUUCAUACUGGGUUGGGACAGAGGGAGCAUACAACAGCUGGUGUCACCAGGGUGGGGCAUUUACGUAGUGCAAUGUGUUAGAAUAACUUCAUUUAGAAAGUGGUGGGCCCGCUUUCAAAUCAACUACAUGUGGAAACGCUCUCAAAUGUAUUUUUAUUCUUUACCACAAGAAGAUUGGAAAACACCAGAAAGUAAAUCAAAGUCAUACAUUUCUCUUAAUAAUAGGGACAAUAAAGGUGCAUACACACUUGCCGAGAAGUUAAACAACGUCGCUCAUUUUCACGAUGUUGUUUACUUUCUCAGCAAGUGCGUAUGCCACCAUGGAACGAUGUGCGGCUGUCGGCUAUGCAUGCAGCUCAAUGUGACCUGUCGUCCAAGAACUGCCUGCCCGGCUGCGGCGUGACGUCACUGAGCGAUAUUGUCAUCAUAUCGCUCAGUGUGUAUGCACUGCCACCGACCGUCCGGCCCGGGAGGGGGAAACACUAGGUGACGUCACUCAUAGAACACAUCGCCUAGUGUGUACCUACCUUAAGAGAGCAACAAUGGGAACGUAGCUGGCAGAACAAAAUAUGUAAUUGGAGCUAGGGUGUUAAAAAUAGUGUUUUAUGGAGUACAAAUAUAUAACCUACAGUCAGCAUUUUCCAUAAGUAUUUUAGCUCUUGUCACCGCCAUUAUUUAGGAACAUUAUUAAGGUACAGUUAUUUCACACUUAUUUACAAAUUUCUCAGUGGUGUUAUAGUUUAUCAUUGUAAUAUAUAAACCAGAGCAUGUCCUUCAGGCGUAUAUCAAGUAUAUGUACCGCUUGGACGCUGCUGUUAAAGGAACAAUGUCAUGAUAAAAUGGAUUCAUGCUUCUAAAUAAAGAAUUA